AUGGUCCGCUCGUUGAACAAGGAGCCUACCCUUACCCGAAAGGUGAAGAUCUACGCCAAGACUUUGCUCACAUUUCUCGCGCUUGUGCUCUUCUGGUAUGCAAUCUAUGAGAUCCUGGGAUACAUGGUUGUUGGCAAUGUUACAGCCUUUGUUGCAAAGAUAUCAACCCAAACCAAUCACACGAUUAGCCAAGGGAACCAGACCUCAGUUGAUACCCAAACCGCCAAGCAUCUUGAAGGAUGGAUCACACUGGCAGUGGGUCAAAGUUACUUCUGGUUUGCAGUCUUUCUCCUCGUUGCCAGCCAGGAAAUAAGGUUCUGCUCCCUCUCGAGGCCAGUCGAUGAUAAGGCGGACUUGGGUGAGGGGGCGAAUGAGGGUCUUGAGGGAGAGGCAGAGCAGGCGGCCGGGGCAGUGGAAGGAGAGGAGAGAUGCUUUUCGACGGCCAAGAAAGGUUGGCAGACACCAGCGUCAUACAUCCUCAGAUGGAACUGGAACUGCAUGCUGGGGGUCAUGGCAUGGAUGGGGUUGGACUUCACGUGCGAUUCUGUCCAUAUCAUCAUUCAGAGCCUCAACGGAUUCUUUCCGAGGUUAGCGAUCAAUCUCGCGUUUCUCCUCGUGGCCAACAUUAUCUUCAUUUCGUUGAACCAGAUCAACGGGACGGUGAGAUCGCGAGGAGGGGGUCUGUACAAGAAGGCGAGGAAGGGAAAGCACUAUUUCCGGCUGAACGGGGCCCGCGAUUCAAAGCGCGGAGGCUAUGCACAUGCUUCAGAUAAGGCAGCUGAGAAGCUUCUGAAACAUCCGGCACGGCGUCAAGAUUUCUUUCAAAAGUUGCCAGGAAGAACUGGACCCUUGAUGCCUCCCUUUCACAGGUUUCACCCCGCAACCUCAUCGAAGCAGAGUGCUUCAGGUGAAGAAAUCGUUUAG